CUAUCUAUCUAUCUAUCUAUCCUCAUCUGAAUUCCUGAGCUCAGCGUGCUUGAACCAUCGACACAUAAACGCACUGUUUCCAUGGUAACCAAAAGCACUCCAAACACGGUGGCAGAAAAAGACUGGACAUGUCUUCGAAUCCGUGCCUUCGCGAGCAUGAAGAACGUUACCAGAACCGGAAGGAGGCGGUGGAGUUUUACCGACUCAACGGAGUCAAGGAAACGUUGGAGGCGGCUCUGAACGAGAUGUUCCUGCUGCGGCCCGGAGACGUUAACGGCUACCUGGCUGAGUACUUUCUGAAACUCUCCACUCCACCGAGGAUCAGCAGGCUGAGAGGAAGAAAGGUUUACGAUGCAAGAGGACAACCGUCCAUCCAGGCGGACGUCUUCUGCACCAUCUGCAACCUGGAGAAGAUCACGUCCUCAGCUAGUGUCUCCAGCUGCCUCCCUCCUGAGGGGAUGUCCCUGUACCAGGACAGAACCCAUCAUGUGACCACAGCUGCCCAGUGGAUCAAUGAACAUUUGAGUGACGAGCUGAAGGACCAAGACCCGUGUGACCAAUCAGAGGUGGACCGAAGACUCAGCAACUUCUUUAAGGCCCGUCUCCAGGAGGACAAAGACAUCCAGGAAAUGGAGAAGCAGAGGAGUCUCACAUCCACCAAACAGGAGGUGGAGCCUCCAGCUCCUCCAUCUGCUAAGACUAGAGACAAGAGGAGCACCGGGAAGCUGCUUCCUCCGGCAGAACCUCUGGAGCCCGUUCUGCCUGGGAGCAUGGCCAUCGGCGCGGUGUCGCUGGCUGUAGCCAAAACCGGGGCUCAAGUCAAGAAUAUCCCGCUUUACAAACAUGUAGCAUAUCUAAGGAACCACGAGGCCCCAGGUCAGUUUCACAUCCCCGUCCUGUUGGUAACGCUGCUCAGCUGUGGGAAGACAUCUCCUGGAAAACUGUGCUUAUUGGAGGAAGUCAUUCUCAUCCCCAAAAUGGGACAACAAGUCAAACAAAUCAUCGGGAUGACCCUCGAGCUCCAGGAGGAGAUGAGGAGAAUAAUGAGCGGCUCAACAAAAGCUGGGGCCGCCUCCAGCCUCUGGUGUGACAGCGGAGCUCCAGCUGUGGGCUACAACCAACCCAAGGAGCCCCUGGAUCUGAUCACCGACGCCUGUAGGAACCUCGGGGUAGAGCUGGGAACUGACGUUUAUUUAGCACUCAACUGUGCUGCUCCAGGGCUGCUGGACUAUGCCAAAGGGAAGUAUGAAGUUUGUACGGGAGUUCUGAAGAGUCCAGACGAGUUAGUGGACCUGUACCAGUCCCUCAUCAGCAGGUACCCAGCUGUGGUGGCUCUCAUCGACCCAUUCAGGAGGGAGGACACCAAGCAAUGGGAGCAGCUCAGCAGGGUGUUGGGAGAUUCCUGCUCACUGCUAAGUGACAUCACCCAGAAUCCCCAGGCUCCGCCCCUCCCAGGUGCUCGAGGGUAUGUCCUAAAACAGGUCAACGAGACAACGGUCAGCGAUAUGGUCCACAUCACAUCAGACCACCGAGGUUUGGUGCUGAUGGGAGCGGCGUAUGGCGAACCCUGCAGCGAUGCGUCAUUCUCUGACAUCGCUGUAGGUCUGGGUCUGGAAUAUGUCAAACUGGGAGGUCUGAGUGGUGCUGAGAGGAUGGCUAAAUGCAACCGUCUGGUUUCUAUAGAGGAGGAACUGGCCCAACAGGGAGACCUAGUCUAUAAGGAGAGGCACCCCCCUCCUCUGUUCCCUGAGAAAGGACGAGAGCCUUCUACAGCGGAGUGAAGGCCUGGCGAGGCAGGACUACAGCCCCCGUCUGACCUAAAACAAGCCCUCAAAGGUUUGCUUCUGUUGUUUCAUCAUAAGUUCGCUCAGAGGGCUCCCAGGGCAAUCUGCAUUGAUGACGUUACGUCUGCCUUCUCCCGUCUACUAGUUUAAAACGUUGAUCUGAAGCACUUCAGAGGAAGGCUGAGUGGCCAGACAUGACCCUCAGAAAAAAAUAAUAAAUGUUUUGUGUGUCGGUUCACGUUUACAAUAAAGACACACACAUGAUGA